CACGUCCUGUUUCACAAUUACAAUCUCCCUCUUCGUCUAGUUCAACCGGUUUGUCACGGACGACACAUAGAACUAGUUUGAUAAAGUCUCCAGGUUCUGCAACUUCCGUGCGGCCGCUUGGCGGAAAUACCGCUGAAACUCCUAAACAAAAUACUAUAAAAAAAAUUAGACCACAAUCUCAUAUUGUUAAUGAUCACUCUUCAAACGAUAAUUAUUCCUCCUUUGGUUCAAAUGCACCUUCUGGUAUUAGAUCACCAUCUGGCUUGAGAAGUUCCACAAUUACUCGUAUUGGUAGUCGUCAGAGUUCAGAUAGCCUUUCCUCUCAUGACGAUUACAUUAUAUUUACUCCUCCAGAAUCACCUACAAAUGCUUCAGAAACAGAUUCUCUUACAUCCUUAACAAGUUCCGUCUCAUAUGGUUCUUCACCUGGUAGAGGAACAUCUCCAAUACCCCCUGCAUCAGUAAUUACUUCAACUAGAAUUUCGUCAAAGUCAAACAACCGAACAUCAAUGAUUACUCCUCCAUCUGGCAUAAGUAAACAUACUUAUACUAGAACUACUCCUUUAAAACCUGCAACUCCUGGCAGUCAAGUAGUAUCAGGAGUUACAGGAUUGAGGCCACCAAGCAAUAUCAGAAUGUAG